AUGGCGACAGGAGGCGCAGGCACAACGACCUCUUCUCCACCCAUCGCUCAAUCUCUUCACCGCGGUGCACCUCCUACGCCUUCACCCUUGGCUACGGUAUCCCCUCCGUCCAAGAGAGAGCUCGCAUCAUGGUGGAAAAAGUUUAGAAAAACAACGGAAAAGACAGAUGAGAAAGCUGAGGCUGGACCAGGAAUAUUCGGCGUCCCUCUCGCAGAGAGCAUCAGGUACGCGAAUGUUGCCAUCUCAUUACAAAACGAGAACGGCGAAAGCUUCAUCUACGGAUACGUACCCAUCGUGGUGGCCAAAUGCGGCGUGUUUCUGAAAGAGAAAGCCACUGAUGUGGAGGGUAUCUUCAGACUCAGUGGAUCUGCAAAACGGAUCAAGGAUUUGCAGACCAUAUUCAAUUCCCCCGACAGAUAUGGCAAAGGACUCGAUUGGACUGGCUAUACUGUCCAUGACGCGGCUAACAUCCUUCGUCGUUAUCUCAAUCAGCUACCGGAACCGAUUGUUCCACUUGAUUUCUACGAAAGGUUUCGCGAUCCCCUCCGCCGGAUAACGCCUUCUGGUGCGGCGGACGGAGAAAUACAACCUCUCGACCUGAGCGUUAAUGAACACAGUACUGCUGUAACCGCAUAUCAAAAGCUCAUCACGGAGCUUCCGCCUCUGAAUCGACAACUGCUUCUCUACAUUCUCGAUUUGUUAGCAGUAUUCGCGUCCAAAUCAGACCUCAACCGGAUGACUGCCGCCAAUCUCGCGGCCAUUUUCCAACCCGGGAUCAUUUCACACCCGUCGCACGACAUGUCGCCGCAGGAAUAUCGGCUUAGUCAAGAUGUGUUGAUCUUUUUGAUUGAAAAUCAGGACAAUUUCCUCAUUGGAAUGUCCGGGACUGCUGUUGACGAGAAAACUCAGAAAGAUGUCGAGAGCGGUGCUCCCUCUUUGCGAUCUCCCAAACCUGUUGGACGCUCUGCAUCGAACGCUAGUGCUGGUGCCGACAGUCUACGAAAAUAUGGUGUCAGACGCAAUGUUUCCGUGUCUUCUCGAGGGUCGCGAGAAAGGGGCAGUCCAGGAGUUUCUAGUCCCGGCACUCCAUCUGGAGUUACCUCAUUUGCAGGCGCUGCAGUUGGUGGGGGGAUAGCUCGAAGCAAUACGGUCCCGUCCAAACGCUCCCCAGCCAUUAACUCAAGUCGUUUUCAAAAGUUCAAUGAUACCUCGGAUUCGACCGGGCCAACGGUCAUCUCUCAAAUGGCCAGCUCAGGAACUGCGGUUGCAACUAGAGAAGGCGCGGAUUCCAAGUCAUCACGAUCUGGAUCUGUUCAACCUGAUGAAGCCGACGGUAAAAGGGGCCUGAUACCUGAAGAAGACCGUGGUAAAAGAGGUUUGACACCUGUUCAGCCUCUCCCACAGCACAUUCAGCCUUCCUCUGCAGCACAGCCAGCCUCAAAUCAGGCUCCGGGCCCUGUCACUCUUCCCGCCCCGGCUCCAAUUGCGACUCGUGACCGAAAGAAAUCCAAUCUAUUUCCCAAGUCACCCAUUUUUGGUCCAUCGGAUCCCCAGGGUAGGCAACCAAGAAAGCUUCAAAAGAAGCAGAGAAUCCCGGGAAGCACCAACGAGAGUGCUCAGAGUUCCAUGAACUCGCUCCAUGGAGAAGAGCCGGCAUCCUUCCACACACCACUUGUUUCCCCAGAUGUUAGCAGCGCUGGCAGACUUGACCCUCUGGCCGUGCCUCAGGGCCCUACUUUGACGAACACAGGGGCUACUCCUGUCAAUGAAACGGCCCCACCCAAGCAGUUCUCCUCACCCCUUGCUGGAGAUGAAGGACAAAAUCACGUAACCAGCCUAAAGCCGCCCAGGUCUCCUCCGGGCUCGACACAUUCACGCUCUUCCUUCACCGACCAUUCAGAGGCCGACGUCGUUGACGAUACAGCGCAAUUAUCCGAAAAAGAGAAACGUCGUCACAGAUGGAGAUUUUCCUCAUCUACGAAGAAGGGCGAGAAUUCUCCACUAGCGCCUCCUCCUCCACUUGGGCAGAACCCAGGUGCGAGAGGAAGCAAUAGCUCUCUCGGCAGUUCAAAUCGACCACGGAAGAGUUUUACGGGCGAUUCUCAACAGACGCCAUCAGUCCAUGCUGAGACUUUGAAUGCAGGAGGCCAGCAAGCACUCGUCGGCCAAUUCAACCAGGAUUUGCCCGAGGCAAGAGAUCCAAAUGUGGAAACCGAGAAAAAAGGUCUAUUUGGGAAGUGGAAGGCAAAAAUUUCGCAAAGUAAGGAAGAAAGACAAGCCGAGAAGGAGAGAGCAAAGAGUCCUCCCAGAACCGAACAGAGUUCUUCUCGAAAUAGUCUGUCAGCGUUUGCUCAGGAGGUGUUGGCUCCGAGAGGUAGAUCGUUUGACAGGCCCCGAGAGGAUACUUUGUCGAGUGUUCCGGAAAGGCCAGUUGCCGAAGCUUAUACCCAAGGGAGAAAAGCGUCGAUGGAUCCAGGACGAGAUCGACCAACAGCAUGA